AUGAAGGCGUACAAGGAGGCUGUCAAAAGUGCUACGCGUGGAUUCGAUCAAAUCGAAUUUCACCAAGUACCAAGAGAAAAUAAUUCUGAAGUAGACAGACUAGCUGCAACGGCUUCCUCCUCGGAUGAAGAUUUAAUACGAAUCGUGCCUAUUGACACCUUGGAAGAACCUAGGUUAGGUCCUCAGCUGCCGGUAAUGGUAAUCCCAGCUAUUCCAAGAGAGCCGAGCUGGAUGGAUCCAUUAGAAAGCUAUCUCAAAAACGGAAUCCUUCCGGAUCAAAAGGAUGAGGCCAGAAAAGUAAGAAAUGCCGAGGAGUAUGCCCGGAGAUGUGACAAAUGUCAACGCUACGGCCCAAUGAAACAUCAACCGGCUGAGGAUCUGUAUACAAUGGUAGAAGCAAAGGCUUAUUCAAGUGUGACUUACAAGCAAGUGAAAAGCUUUCUGUGGAACAAUAUAAUCUGUCGGUUUGGAGUAUCGAAGGUCAUAAUGAUGGACAACGAAAAGAAUUUUGAUAACAUGGGCACAAGAAAGUUCUUUGCCGAGCAUGGAAUCAGACAGAAGUUGGCUGCUGUAAGCCAUCCUCAGGGGAAUGGGCAGGCAAAGAUAACUAAUCGGACGAGCUUCAACUGUCUGAAAAAGAAACUGGAAAAGCUCAAGUCUAAAUGGUGUGAGAAUCGUCCCAGCAUGCUCUGGGCUUAUCGAACAACUCCACGAAGGCCAACGGGGGAGAGUCCCUUUGCAAUGACUUAUGGAUCCGAAGCUGUCAUCCCAACAGAAUCAGCAAUCCCAACUCUUCGGACACAUCAGUUGCGAAACAAUUACAACAAGCGAAUUAGGUUCAGAAGCUUUGUAGUAGGAGAUUGGGUACUGAAGCAGGAGACAGCACAUGUAAAAAAGUUGCAACCAAAUUGGAUUGGGCCCUACCGAGUUAUGGAAGUAGUAGGAAAAGGUGUUUACAGGCUAGCUGAAGCUAAUGGGCGAGUGAUUGCACGCCCAUGGAAUGCAAUACACCUCAAAAGGUACUACCAUUAG